AUGGGGGGGGCAGCUCUGACUGGUACAGGUGGGACAGCGGGUGCGGUUCGGUGCGGUUCUGUGCAAUUCAGUGCGAUUCUGCGCGGUUCUGUGCGGUUCUGUGCAGUUUUGCGGGGUGGAGAGUACCGGGUGGGCCAGCUGAUUCUGGGUGAGGUGACUGGAACAGGUGGGGCAGCAGCUCUCGCUGGAACGGGUGGGGCAGCGGGUGCGGUUCUGUGCAGUUCUGUGCAGUUCAGUGCUGUUUUGCGCGGUUCUGUGCGGUUCUGUGUGGUUCUGCGGGGUGGAGAGUACCGGGUGGGGCGGCUGAUUCCAAGUGAGGUGACUGGAACGGGUGGGGCAGCAGCUCUGGCUGGAACGGGUGGGGCAGCGGAGUACCGGGUGGGGCGGCUGAUUCUGGGUGAGGUGACUGGAGCGGGUGGGGCAGCAGCUCUGGCUGGAACGGGUGGGGCAGCGGGUGCGGUUUCGUGCGGUUCUGUGCAGUCCAGUGCGGUUCUGCGCGGUUUUGUGCGGUUCUGUGCGGUCUGCGGGGUGGAGAGUACCGGGUGGGGAGGCUGA